AAAGAAAAACAAGGGUUAGGGCUUACCUUGCUACAGCAGAGAGAGGGAAGGAGACGCUGAGAGAGAGAGAGAGAGAGAGAGAGAGAGAGAUGGAAGGAGACGCUGAGAGAGGGAGAAGGAGAUGUCGGGUCAGAGCAGGUCAAGAAUUUCAGCUGCUCCCAGUCAGAGGUUCUCUUCUCCCAUCGAUUGGUUCUAUCCUAUCAGAGCCAUGGCUUCAAAGAUUCUUGCCAACUUGAUUGUGAUCGGCUCUGGAAUAUUGGCAAGGGCUCUAGUUCAAGCAUACCGUCAAGCACUUGCAAAUGCAUCAAAAACUGGUGUUGCACAAGAAACAAUACAAAAUACAGUACACAGAACAAGCAAAAUCAAGACUGAACAAGAAACAAGGCAGAUUUUAGGGGUCACUGAGGCAUCAUCUUGGGAAGAAAUCAUGAAGAAAUACAAUACGCUGUUCGAGAGGAAUGCCAAGAACGGGAGUUUUUACCUUCAGUCAAAGGUUCACAAGGCUAAGGAAUGUUUAGAAGCUGCGCACCAAGGGAAAGGACAGGGAACAGGUUGAAAAUCUGGAACAAGCAAGACUAUCAACAACUUGGAGUCCUUGGUUGCAGUGUUGUGGUUCAUGUCCCUUCAUGAUGAAAGGACUGCCCAACCCCAUGAGCUCAUUUAAAAAAAUAAAAAUAAAUAAAAAUCUUCCUAGGCAAUUGGCGUUCUCUGGAUCAGAAAGGCUAUAUUUGUUACGAACCUGUCACAAAGAACUUGCAACUUGAAUACAUGACAUCAAGUGGAAUAACCAAGGCAGCAUUAAAUGAUGCAGCUAAAUCCUUGAUUAGAGAUCUACUUUGUUUUGGAAAUUAUAUGUUUUGUUUAGAAUGAGUAUUGCUAAUAGGAUGUGCUGCUUUUAGCAUUUGACAGAUAUAUGAGGACGUUGUGCCAGUCAUCUUUUUUGCAAUGGGAAGUUGUAUGAUUACU